AGAAUGCUGUUUAAAGUACAGUAUCAAGCUCGUAAGAGAUACAUGAAGCUUCCAGUAUUGGCAUAUGAUGCCCUUAUACGGGAAGUCAAGGAGAAAUUUGGUAUAUCUCCAGAUCAUACCAUUUAUUUGGCAGACGAGACCGGAACUGAAGUGGAUGAAGAUGUUUUUGCUGAUAUUAUGGAACAAAAGCCUGACACACUUUGGACAAUUGUUGAUUCUAUGGCUACAGAAGAUUCUACUGCCCCACCAACCUCUCAAUUUUCAAGUGAAAUGAAAACGGUGUCACCAACAGACAGCUGUGUUUCUGUUCUCUCAACAAAAAGACCUCGAACUGACGACCAAUUUACUGAGGCCAAGGAGCUUGUAAAAGAUGUAUUGGGGAAAAAAAGUGCAGGGGAGAAGAUUUUUCAGGAGUACAGAGCAACUGGUAAAAUCACAGAUUCUACAAGGCGAAUUCUUGUGAAUGCUGUAGUUGGAGACAUGAUUGAAAAACAUGGGAACAUUCCACCAAAAGAAAUACAAAUUAAAUAUGCUGUUGGAAUAGUGACUCUGUUCCCCUCCCUCAAAGAUCCCUACUCCAAAAGAGGCUAUGAACAUUUUUAUGAUCCAGAAGGUAACUCUGGAUACAUAGCCUGGAGACUGAAAACGGUUCAGCGCAACAGUCAAGUCAGUAGGACCAGCAUUCCACAAGGCAUCUCUGAGAGGAGGGGCCCUAUCACUGAAAGAGCGUUUUUGACAACGGAGAUACAGCUAGAGGGAGAUAGCUGCCAGGAAGCCAUUUCAUUUCUAAAACACUGUUCUGAUCUGGAGCAAGUGGCUGCAAAGAUGAAAUCCACUUUCCAGUAUCGCCAGGAACUGAUCCGCAAUCCUGAAAAGUCGUCAUCUGUUUUCAAUAUAUUCCCUAGGUUUCUUGACACAAAAGGCCUGGUGCUUCAAGACUUUGAGUUGCUGUUUGGAGUAGAGACUUCAGCAAAGCUUCUGGAGAAGUGGGGAUCUUCUCUUAAACACAAAGUUUUUUUCAAUGUGACAAAUGUUUGUCUAAAAAAAUGACAUUAAUGACAAAUUAAAGUUUUCAGGUAUGAAAUGCAUAUUCUGUGAAGUGAUUUAAU